AUGUUCGACUUCGCGACCGGCAACGUCACACAAUCAGGCCUCAACCUAAGCAUCGCAACCCACCUCUCCCACUCCAUCCCGCCCUCCCACAACCAGCGCACCGCCCACGAACUCAACCUCUGCCUCCGUGGCAUCGCCGCCCUCCAGAACCUGCAAGGCUGCAUCGUCCCCGCCACCGCCUCCCUCCACAACACAAGCUACACCCUCAGCCUGGCCCCCUGCACCUCCCCCUCCCUCUCCCACCUCGACGACGCCGCCCCAGACAACAACAUCUCCACCCUCGCCGCCCACUUCAGCGUCACCUGGCGCCUCGCCCGCGCCUACGCCGCCUCGCGCGUGUCCCCCGACGCCCCGCCACCGUGGGACUCGCGCUCCGACUACUCCACCGUCAUGCAGUCCCACCACGACAUCGACUGCCGCGCGUCGGCCAAGUACCGCUUCGCAUGCAACCGCAUCGGCGACUACGCCCCGGAGGCGAUCCAGGCGCAGCGCCACUGGUGGAUGCCCUUCCUCUUCAUCCAGUUCGUGCACGAGACGAUCCCGUGCCUGCUCAACCACCCCUUCCUGCUGUCCAUGCGCCUGCGCAGCUUCCGGCAGACGAUCCCCGUGUACUUCAUGCAGCAGUCCUUCGAGGCGAUCAACCGCAACGCCGGGUGGGUGAUUUACUUUGUGGAUGUGCUGGAGAAGAAGGGCGUGCAGGUGUCGGAUCCUGUGCUGGCACAUUGUGUGGUGAUUGUGGCGACGAUCCAUCUGCAGCAUAGCUUUGUGCAGGAUGACCUGCUGAGGGGGAAGGCGCAGACGGGGUUUGAGAAGUGUAUGAGAUUUUUGAGGAGGAUGGGGGCUGUAUGGCCUUGUGUUGCCAACAUGGCGAAUAAUCUGAGGAGGCUCCAGGACAGCAUCGUCUUGAGACCGUCGCCCGCUCAGCAAGAUGGAUCCUCUCAGACCCGGUCUUUCUCAAUCAACAGUCAACUUCUAUGGGACCUGCUCAUCUACGACAAGGCAGUCCGCCCCGACGCCGGCUGGGACCAGUCCAUGUUCGGGCCGACGCUCAAGGCUGACGUUGCAGAGCUGUCCGCCGAGCACCGGGCUGCCGAGUUCGACCUCGUGGGGUCGGCGGGCAUAUCAGGGCACAAGGCCAUGCCGAACGAGGCGGCAGUCUGGCCGCCCAACGAAGAUCCGCCGCCUGUGGAUCUGCCGCAGAAUGCGGGCCUCGAUGCGCAGGUGGGUGACUUGACGGGCGGGCCGUCGUUUGAGGAUAUCUUCUUCGAAGGGGUUGGGCCGUUUGGAGACCAGGCGAAUAGGUUCUUUGAUGGGAACGACUACGGACGGGCGAUUGACGAUUGGUUGAAUCUAGGGACAUAG